AUGAAUGCCUACGUUAAAUAUCGCAUAAUAGUUUCUGGCUUACUCCAUCAUUUUGCCCAGGAAUACUGCACGUUUUUCUCCGUCAAGGCCGCACAUAGCGUUGAAGAGGUUGGAAAAAAAACGCAGAGUGUUUUGUUUUUACAACAGUGGUUAACAAAAAAGUUUCCAUUCUCACGGUUACCAAUCUUAGAAGUGGAUGGAGUGACCAUCGGAGAAGGUCAAGCCAUAGCAAGAUUCCUAGCAAGACGACAUGGUUUAUAUGCUGAUGACGUAUUUGACCAAGCAAAGAUCGACAUGAUAACAGACACAAUAAAAGAUAUAUUUGAAAAGCUCGCAGAAACAGUUUUAGCCGAAAAAGAAAAAAAGCAAGAAUUGAUGGACAAAUACUUUAAAGACGUCUUCCCUUUGUUAUUACAAGGACUUGAACGUGUAUUGAAAGAAAACAAUGGUGGUGAUGGAUACUUUGUCGGAGAUAAGGUCACACUGGCUGACUUAGCAUUUAUCGACUCGUGUUACUCAAUGGUGGAGUUGAAACCGGAAGUCCUGACAGAUUAUCCCAAGCUAAAUGCGUUGAAGCAGCGUGUGGAGAGUCGUCCUAGAAUUGCAGAGUGGAUGGAAAAGAGACCAGUGUACGUCUUUUGA